AUGCCGCCGCGCAUGUUUGCCGCGGGCGGGCACACAGCUGUGCACAGCUGCAGGCACGCUCUGCAGGCCCCCGGGCACCAGGAUGCAGCCGUCUCGCUCGCGGCCGAGGUCCAGGCCUUCACUCGGCAGCAGGCGGCGGAGGAGGAGCAGGAUGUGGACGACUGGUGCAACGAGGCCACGCUGCAGGAGCUGGAGCAGUACAGCGUGCGGGACCUGAUCAGGUUGCUCCAGGGCGAUGAGGAGGAGCAGGCGGCGACCGGCGGCGCCGCCCUCCCGUUCGCCGCCGCCAGUCCAGGCAGCAUCCGCAGCACCGACAGCGCUGCGCCUGCACCCAGCAGAGAGCGGGAGGCAGCGCCAGCGGGCCUUGCUGCCGCCGUCAAGGAGGAACCACCCGUGCAGAGCGGAGCGGGGCAGGCAGCCGGCGUCGCCGCGGCGCCGGCGGCCCGCCUGGCGGCGGCCGGCGGCUGCCAGCUGGCGCCGGGGCCUGCGCAGGAGCCAGCAGGACCCCGCACGCUGCCCACACAGGACCGGCCCAGCUGCGUGACUGGCGCCAGUCCCAGCGAGGGCACGCCUGGCCUGAGCUCAGAGCCGCCGGCGGGCGGGGGCCCGCCAGCACCACCAGCCGUCCUGCCGCCACCCGCAGCAGAAACAGCACCACCACCCGCAGCGGCAGCAGCGCCCUCUCCGCCCGCAGCAGCAGCAGCAGCCGCGGCGCCGGCAGCGGCAGCGGCAGCGGCAGCCAGCGUGGCCUUGCCCAGCGGCCGCGGGGAGGAGCGAGGCGGCGGCGAGGAGGCGAGCGACUACCUCGGCGUGUGGCCGGCCGCCGGCCGCUGGCAGGCGCGCUUCUGGCUGCGCCUGGACGAGCAGGCAAGGCCCUGCCCUGAGGGCGGCCCCCACCAGCAGGUGGUGCCCGCCGGCACGGAGCUAGAGGCAGCGCUGGUGAGGGAUCUGGCUGUGCUGUGGCAUGAGCGGUGGUGCGGGCCGGCGGCGCUGGAUGCCGCCACUGUGUUCAACUUCCCGGUGCAGCGGUACUGCCACGACGCCCCCCUGGCCUGCGUGCUGGCCGAGCUGCCCACCUGGCCGGCGCUGCUGGCCUACCUGGCUGAGGCUCGGGCAGCCGGCUUCCUGCUGACAGCGGCCCAAGCGUACGACUCAGACAGGCUGCCGCCCACGCCCUGGCCCGACCCUGAGCCCCCCGCCAGCCCGCGGCGGGCCGCCAGGGCUGGUGCUGCAGCCGGGCCGCAGGGCGACGGCGCCGCGGGCGGCGGCGGCCGGCGCGGCCGCAAGCGGCGGGGCGAGGGCGGGCCCGAGGAGGCGGAGCCGCCCGCGCGGCGGCCGCGGCAGCAGCGGGAGCAGCGCCGGCAGGAGCAACGCGCGUCCCCCUACCCCGGGGUUGCCCCGCAUGGCGCCAGGCUGUGGUGCGCAUCCGUGGGGCUGCCGGCGGCCGGCGGCGCCGCCCAGCAGGUGCCCCUGCUGCUCCAUGCCGACCCGGCAGUGGCGGCGGUGGCGGGGGAGGUGGCCGCCUUCUGGAAGCUGCACGUCCGAAGGGUGGACGGCAAGCAGCAGCAGCCGGGACGCCUGCACGACGCCUUCCUCCAGGACCAGCACCUCAUAGAGCAGCUGCAGGGAGCGGAAGAUGCCGAGCAGCUGCGCCUGGUGCUGCGCCGCCUGCUCGACGCCGGCUGGCUGCACCGCACCUCCCGCCUGCUGCGCCCCGCCCCGGGGCCUCUGGCCGCACAGCCGCCGCCGUGCGCCGCCACGGCGCCUGCCGGCGACACGCGCCAGCUGCUGGCAGCGGUGGCAGCGCCCGCUGCGGCAGCCGCGGCUGCCAGGGGGGCCGGCGCAGCGGCGGUGGCGGCGGCGGCCGCCGCCGCAGCAGCAGGCGCCGCUGCUGGCAAGGCAGCGCCCGUCAGGAGGAGCAAGUCCCGCUAUGCUGGAGUGGUGCUUGAUGGUAGCAAGUGGCGGGCGCUGCUGACUCUGUGCCAGCCUGGCGCUGCUGGCAAGGCCGUGAAUUCUGUCAACGUGAUGCGGCACAGCGACCCUGCGAUCGUGGCGGCGGGGCGGGAUGUUGCUUUGUACUGGAGGGCCGAGGUGUUGCGCCAGGCGGGGGCCAAACGAGCCAUCCACCAUGCCAGAUAUGCGGCAGACGCGCGGCUGCGGGAGCAGCUGGCUGGCGUUGGCAGCGCGCACGCCCUGCGCGCGCUGUUGAAGCAGCUGUGCGAGGAGGGGCGGCUGGAUGAGGUCGCGGAGCUCUUUCGCAAGGAGGCCGUGGCGCCGGCUCCGGGCGUGGUGGCGCAACAACCCGCUGCACCGCUGGCGGCGCAGCAACGUGCCGCAGCUCCUGGCGGGGGCGACCACGGACGUGGCGCGCUGGGUGUGCCCCGCACGACCCCUCCGCCUGGCGUCACCGGCGUGAAGCACCUGAAUGGCCAGUGGCAUGCAACGCUGUCUCUGCAGCAGGGCACGCAGGGCGGCGGCCCAGCCAGCGCAGCGGUGUUCUGCCACCCCGAUUUUGCGGUGGCGGCAGCGGCCCUCGACCUGGCAGUCUACUGGAAAACGGCAGUCCUGGGUCAGAGGCAUCACUUGCAGCAGCCAGCCGUGCUGCAUGCCAGGUAUGCAGCUGAUGCGGGGCUGUUGCGGCAGCUGCGAUCCAUCACCAGCGUGGAUGCACUGAAGCAGCUGCUGAAGUGGCUGCACGCCGAGGGGGCGCUGCAUGAGUCGGCAGCACUCCUGCAGCAGCAUCGGGCGGCAGCGCCGCCAGCCGCAGCGGAGCGCGACUGGGUGCCAGAGGCAGGCCGUCCAGGCAGCCUGCACCGCAGCCGGAGCGCCCUGGCCGAGGCCGUGGCAGCUGCUCCCGUGCCUGCCGACUGGGAGCGGCACAUGGCCGAGUGCCAGCAGCUGGCCCGGCAGCGUGCGGAGCGGUGGGCCGGCGCAGUAGGCGCGUAUGACGCCAGCUGGCUGCUGCAGGAGGACCGGCUGCCGCAGCUGGCGCCAGGCAGCCCAGCAGAGGCGCCGCCGCCACGGCAACGCAGCCUGCUGCCUCGUCAGCAGCAGCAGCAGCAGCAGCAGCAGCAGCAGCAGCAGCAGCCACCGUCACCUAGCGCCUCGCCCCAGCUGCGCACCAGCGGCGACGACGAGUUGCUCGCCCGCAUCGUGCACCCGCCGCGGCCGGGAGCUGUCCAGCAUGAGCAGCAGGAGGGGCAGCAGACGUUGCAGGAAGGGCAGCAGCCAAAGCAGGCGGAGCGGCGCAGGCCGGCAGCCUCCCCUGUGUUGUCCCGAAGCCUGCGCGCCUCGCCGCAGCCCGCCCCAGCCCACCAGCAGCAGGAGCCAGCCGGCAGCAGCCAGGAACACUCUGGCGUCAAGCAGCAGCAGCAGCAGCCAGCGGGGACAGAGCAGCAGGCCUGUGAGGGCGCCGCUGCCAUGAAGCAGCUGCAGGCUCUGUUGGAUGAGCUUGCCAUCGUGCCGGCUCCGGGCGUAGCAGACAGCGGCCUCGGCAGCAGCACCGCUUCUCCCUCGCCCCUGGCGCCAGGCCUGUCAAGCAGCGGCAGGCCUCCUAGGCAGGCGACCGAGGCACACACGCCCUCGCCGCCCUCGCCGGCUGGGCUGGCGCCGGUGGUGCCGCGCCCCGGGGAUGUACUGCUGUACUGCCGAAACUGCCGCGGUGUGGGCGGCCUGCCGCUGCUGGAACGCCUGCUGGUACUUCACGCCCCGCAGCCGCUGCUGCCAGCCAGCCCCAACCGCAACGUCAGCCACCGGUGCGAGUGCCUAGUGCUGGGCCAGGGCGCCCAUGCGCAGCAGCUGGCGCCAGGCCCGGUGGCCCGCACGGCAGAGGUGCAGCUGGGGCGCCUGGGGCGCAAGUGGCGGCUGCCGGCAGUGUCCGCCAAGACGCGCAACUGGUGCAUCGAGGGCAGCGUGCCGCGGCCGCAGCUCGCUGCAAUCUUGGAGGCGCUGGCGGCGCGGGAGGCGCAGCCGGCCCAGCAGCAGGAGCAGCUGUAG